ACGUUCGUCGUUCCCCACGGUGACGACGCAUGGCCUAGAGAAGCGUGGGGGUAUCCUCUGGGCAAACACGUCGCGUUGUUGCGCAGGCAAUGGAGAGAAGGAGGACGCAAGAUCGACCAGAAACACCUGGAGGCGCUGAAGGAGCUGGAUUUUGCUUGGGAUGUGUCCCAGUACAAGUGGGAUCGUUUCGUUCUGCCUGCACUGCGGAGAUACUACGAGCUGAACGGAAACACGGAUGUGCCCAUAACGUAUCGCAUUCCGAAGGGGAGCCUCGAGUGGCCUGACAACCUGUGGGGGCAACUUUUGGGCCAGAAGGUGUCGAAUAUCCGGAAUAAAGGCCAAUACCGUAGGCAGGUGAUAUGGGAUCAGGACGAGUUGGAGAGGCUGAAGUUCUGCUUCGAGUCAGUAUCCGAUCGCGAUUGGCGCGACAAAGUCAUGCCGGCAUUGAGGACAUUUCGCCAGGAGUUUGGACAUUGUAAUGUGAACAAUGACUUUACGGUACCGCCGCUCUUUCCAUGGCCGGAGGCAGCUUGGGGGAUGCGUUUGGGUUACACUGUCAAGAAUAUCCGUGCUGGAAACGUUGGCGUGAACCAAGACAAGGCCCCGUUGGAAGAGUUGGGUUUCGUGUGGGAAAAUUCUGAAUCGGAGUGGAGCGAGCGUUUUAUGCCAGCGCUCGAGGCGUUCUAUCGAACUAAGGGACACUGCCGAGUGCCAAAAUCAUUUGUGGUUCCAUCGGAUGAGAGCUGGCCAACACCGUCAUGGGGUCUAAAACUUGGGAAUUUUGUGUCCGGGAUCCGUAGCAAAGGCAAUUACUCCGCCCAAGUUUCACGUGACAAAGCUCGAUUGGUGGCGUUGGGGUUU